UUUACUCACUGAAUUUAACAGAGCAGCCUCGACACAGGUUUAUUAGACAGGAAGAAGUGUUGUGUAAGCACUGGAUCUGGGAGAUACGGGCUUUUCUGAAAGUGUCUGGGUGAGGUAGUGAAAGCAUCACCCCAGGGGCUCGGUGGGGCUGGAAAGGCGACUUCGGCUGGACAGUCUACCCCUACAUGUAGGCACACAAGGCGCAGGGAGGAAAGCUGCUGCUUCAUGUUGUUCCCAAACGUAAGUGUAUCCGCACUCAACUCUGUCCAAGCUGCGUUUCUGCCAACUGAUUAAACGAAAGGAAAUAAUGAAUGAAAACAUCUGGGUGCGGCACAGUUCAGAGGAAAGGGUUUCGCUCUGCCCGAGGUUGAACGUGUUUUUGCCUUUUGUAUUUCCUUGCUGAAAGUCGUGGACAUAUUGGAAUUUUUUUUUUUUUUUUAAUCCUUUGUGUCACUAAGUCUUAUCUUUUGAAGGACAGUUUUGCUUUUAUCUUCGCCUUUGGUUCGUUUGUUGGCGUAACACCGGGAGGGAAAUGUUUUAACUCUGAAAACAUUUAGGGCCGACAACGUUGAACAACUUGAGGACGGCUUGCUGGGGAGAAUGUGUGAGCUGGGCCAGCCCGGAGUCGCUCUGUAAGUGGGCAACGUUAGCUAGCUGCUAACAUCAGCACACCCCAACUGAACUACCCGGGUAAAGCUAGCUAAUGCCCACUCCUCGGGGUAUUGUUUGGAUUGUAGCACCCUUCCCUUGACCUGGACAUCAUUAAAUGAGACUCUAACAAAACAGCCAUUUGGAUAAGCAAAUUGUUGCUGUUGGACCUAUCCUCUGCCAUCCACUGGGAUCAGGCGCUUGAGUCCUAAAUGACAAGCUGGGGACCAGCAAUCCUGUAACAGUCCAUUGCAAUCUGGAUCAACAGCUCCUUUCAUAAGUGCCUGAGGAUGUCCAAGCGGAGCUUGUUUGUUCGUCUGGUACCGUGCCGCUGCUUGCGGGGUGAGGAGGAGACGGUAACAUCGCUGGACUACUCCCACUGCAGCCUGGAGACUGUUCCCAAGGAGAUCUUUAGCUUUGAGAAGACUCUGCAGGAACUCUACCUCGAUGCCAACCAGAUCGAGGAGCUGCCUAAACAACUGUUUAACUGCCAGUUACUCCAUCGACUGAGCAUGCCAGAUAAUGACCUAACAGUAUUACCGGCAGCGAUCGCAAACCUCAUCAAUCUCAGGGAGCUUGAUGUCAGCAAAAACAGUAUCCAAGAGUUUCCAGAAAACAUUAAGAAUUGCAAAGCCCUAGCAACUGUAGAAGCCAGUGUGAAUCCCAUAUCAAAGCUCCCAGAAGGCUUCACCCAGCUCUUGAGCUUGACGCAGCUCUACCUGAACGAUGCCUUCCUGGAGUUCUUACCCGCCAGCUUCGGCAGGUUGACCAAACUGCAGAUUUUGGAGCUGAGGGAGAACCAGUUAAAGAUGUUGCCAAAAAGCAUGCAGAAACUCACACAGCUGGAGAGGUUGGAUCUGGGGAGUAAUGAGUUCACUGAAGUGCCUGAGGUGCUAGAGCAGCUGACUGGAAUCAAGGAGCUGUGGAUGGAUGGGAACAAACUGACAUUUUUACCUGGGAUGCUGGGGAUGCUCCAACAGUUGGUAUAUCUGGAUGUGUCUAAGAACAACUUGGAGAUGGUUGAUGAGCAAAUCAGUGGCUGUGAGAGUCUACAGGACCUCCUGCUCUCCAGCAAUGCCCUCGCACAGCUGCCCAACUCCAUUGGUUCACUGAAGAAACUAACUACACUGAAAGUGGAUGAGAACCAACUGAUGUACUUACCAGACUCUGUUGGAGGGCUGACAUCUCUAGAUGAGAUGGAUUGCAGUUUCAAUGAGAUAGAAGCCUUGCCCUCCUCCAUCGGCCAGUGUGUCACCAUCCGCACCUUUGCUGCAGAUCACAACUUCCUUACCCAGCUUCCCCCUGAGAUCGGCAAUUUGAAGAACACAACUGUGCUGUUUCUACAUUCCAACAAGCUGGAGUCUUUGCCCGAGCAGAUGGGUGACAUGCAGAAGCUCAAGGUCAUCAAUCUCAGCAACAACAAAUUAAAGAAUCUUCCCUUCAGUUUCACUAAACUGAGCCAAAUGACUGCAAUGUGGUUGUCGGAGAACCAGUCAAAGCCCCUGAUCCCUCUCCAGAAAGAGGAGGAUCCAGAGACGCACAAAACAGUCCUGACCAACUACAUGUUCCCACAGCAAACCAGGACUGAGGACUACAUUCCCAACUCUGACUCUGAGAGCUUCAAUCCAGCUGUCUGGGAAGAGCAACGCAAGCAACGAGCUCAGGUGGCCUUCGAGUGCGACGAGGACAAGGAUGAGAGAGAAACCCCCCCAAGAGAGGGAAACCUGAAGCGCUACCCUACACCUUACCCAGACGAACUGAAGAACAUGGUGAAAACAGCCCAGUCUGUGGCUCACAGGCUGAAGGAGGAGGAGUCGAGUGACGAGUCAGGGAAAAAUGCAAAGCCAGUCGAGAGGAACCACAUCGGAGUGCAGGACGUGGGCGUUAAGGUGAUAGAGGCCCCGUGUCCCAAUGGCAUGACAGCAAAUGUGGAGCCCCCAAUGUCUACAAACACAUGUGCCCAAAACCCCUCUGCACCAGAAUCAAAAGACACUUCAGAGUCUUACAACUCUCAGAAAGUCCCACUUAAAUCUUCAGAGGGCUCUGUGUUGAACCAUGAAGACACACUGGAGGAUUCUGAGGAGCUGUCGUAUGAAGAAGAGGAGAUGAAAAUUGCAGAGAUGAGACCCCCUCUUAUUGAGAUCUCCAUCAACCAGCCUAAAGUGGUGACGUUAAGCAAGGAUAAAAAAGAUGAUGGGAAAGAUGCAGACUCUUUGCUGGAUGACACCGUGGCCAACAGCAACCAGAACAACAGCAACUGUUCGUCCCCAUCACGCAUGUCCGACUCUGUGUCUCUGACCACCGACAGCAGUCAGGACAACUCUCUGUGCACCCCUGAGAGAGAGGCGAAGGUGCCAUUCCUCCUAAAGAGCCGGCAAGAAGAUGAGAAUAUGAACCAGCCUAAAGACACCACCCCCCUCCUCCAUAAUGGUAAUGACUCGGAAACAUCCCUUCAGGCUCUUUUGAAAACCCAGCAAACUUCUCCAGAGAAACUGGGUAACUAUGAACUGUCCAUGGAGGCCAGACUGGCCUUCAUUGAGAAGGGAAUUAACAGCGGCAUGGGAGACGCUUACACCAAGUGGGACCAGAUCAAUAUGAAUGUGUCAAAGCUGCCAACUGACAAUAUGGUUCAUUUGGAUGGGCUGGACAAAACCAGUGGUUCAGGACCACAGGAGGACUUGGAUAGAAAGCAGGGCUUUAGCAAUGACAACAUGGAGCAUUUACAGAAUGGAAACCAGCAACUGACUGACUGCAUCGGUAGUCUGGGGAACAGAAGCCAAACGAUGAGAGUGGAGACAUCUGCUGUGCAUGUGGCUUCGACAGACGUGACAGCCAGCAGUGACAUGUCUCUGUCUCGCAGCACGGAGGAGCUGUCUCCAGAGAAAAGGUGCCAUCCCCCACAGGUGAUGAAGUCUCACAGUGUCAGUAACAUAGAAACAGGAGGCAUGAGGCUGUACUCCUUUGAGGGGGUGGAGGAUGACACCUAUGACACAGCAGCAGUGACUAGGAUGGCAGGAGCCGACCCAGGGCCUGGAGCUCAGGGCCAGAGUAUCGUCAGGAGCAGGUCAGCCGGUCAGUUGCUCAAUGACCAGACUCUCCAGGUCUUUCCCAGCUCCUCUGCAUCUUCCUCAGACCUGCUUUCCACCUCUAAGCCACCAGCCAGCACCAGCAGGUAUCCAGUCCCAUCCAACAUGGCUGUGGGCAUCCCCCCUCCUCAGUACAGUAUACAGUACACAAGCAGUGCCAUGCCUAAAGAAAACCUCUGGGCCCAGAGAACACCCAUGCCCCCAGAGCAACAAGGCUACCUCCCUCCUCCUCCACACUCACUAGCCAACACCAACUACUCCAACCGUAAUCAGGCACCUCCCUACCCUCUGCAGCCCCAGCAGAGGGGGCCUCCCAUGGCUCCCAAACUCUCUGGUGACAUAUGGCCUAAGGAGAGACUUCAUUCUACUGGUGCCCCGCCUAGAAGCAACAGUCUGCAGAGGCAAAGCAGCACCACUUCCACAGCCUCAGUAGGCGACCCGAGGCGUCUGCAGGUGCCUGAAGGAGAGUACAUGACGUACAGGGACAUUCACACCUUUGCUAGGGGGCCACUAGCAAUGAGCCAGGCCAUGCAGAGGCCUCUCUCAGCUCGCACUUACAGCAUUGACGUACCCGGUUCUUCCAGGCCUAUCAGCACCAAGCCACAGCCCCACGAACCUCCAGAGAGGACCAUGUCUGUCAGUGAUUUCAACUACCAGCACAGCAGCCCCAGCAAGAGACCCAACACCAGGGUGAAGUCUGAGCACUCGCUCCUGGAUGGGCCAGCACAGGUGUCGGGUGGAGUGGGAGCAGGAAGGGUACCAGCAGACUGGAGAGACCAGGUGAUGCGGCACAUUGAAGCCAAGAAAAUGGAAAAGAACGCACUGUCACGCUCCUAUAAUUCCAAUAACGAUCCACUGAGCUGGUCUCACUAUGGCAGUUGUAGGGAUAUGCAUGCCAGCCAAGGGUCUCUGGUCUUUAGUGCCAGGGACGGACAGCCCUACGGAGCUCUGGGCUUCUGUGUUCCUUUAAUGAACGGUCAGAUGGGCCCUUCUCUUCGUCCUCAGAUGAGCCAGGCGUCCAUGGUCCGCCACCCUUCCAGAGAGCAGCUCAUUGAUUACCUAAUGCUCAAAGUCUCCCAGCAGCCUCAGGGAGUCCCACGCAUCCCACACGACGCACUGCAGCAAGAGAUCCAUGUGAAAGUGGAGAAGAAUCCAGAGCUUGGUUUCAGCAUAUCAGGAGGAGUGGGAGGCCGAGGAAACCCCUUUCAUCCAGAUGACAAUGGUAUAUUUGUGACAAGGGUUCAACCUGAGGGGCCGGCAUUCAAGAUUCUUCAGCCUGGAGAUAAAAUUAUACAGGCAAAUGGAUAUAGCUUUGUGAAUAUUGAUCAUGGGAAUGCAGUGUCCCUGCUGAAGACAUUUCCAAACACUGUGGAUUUGACUAUCAUAAGAUAAAUACUUGCAUAGACUCAACUGAAACUGACUUCUAAAGCAGAGUGGAACAGAGAAAUGUAUGUAGACUCAUAUUUUUAUACACAGAAGAGACUGAUCUGUUGAUCUCUGUUGGGACUAUUUAUAGUAGAGGUCUUCAGAGCCUGGUGGAAAUGGGGAAGACCACUGAAUGUAGUGGAUCAAAGUGAGACAGUGGCAAACAUCUGUACGAGUCCUCAAAAGGCCAUCACUGUGGUGUAUAGAUAUUUUUAUACAAAAGAAGGUGAAGUUAUGACCUGCUUUGAUGCAAAUACUCACUGUGGUCUUUGUACAAAUCAUCUUUUUUUUUUUUUUUAAGUCAAAAAAAAUCAAAUCCUGUACCAUCAAAUGGGUUUUAUUCUGCCAUGAGAACAUGAAUUGACCACUAGGGGGCAGGGCUCCCUCUUCUCCUUGGCCUUUUUCUUUUUUUUACUUUUUAUUUAAGAUGUUGAAACCGCUUUCUCACCUGGCAUGUGACCUUGUAUGGAGGACAGUGUUAAGUGAUUUUCAUGUGGAGACGAAUGUAGAUCAAGGCACUGUUUAGAUUUUGUUGAUCGGAGAGAUUUUUCAAUCCUCUUCUUGCAAAAUCGAAGACGAGGAAAUCCUUCACCCCUGCUUCCAUAACCCUGUGAACAUCCUCCAGUGUGUAGAGACUUUUGUCCUCACUUCAUCCCAAAUAUCCUCACUGCAGCUGCUCAGCAUAUCACCACCGUCUCCUGUGGGAUAAAGCUCCUUCACAGUGUACGUGGCUCACAGCUUCUCUGAUGUUGAAGAAACACUGUGAUAAUUUAGUGAGUUGGAAUUUAAAUAUUGGGUUGAUAUGAGCCUAGACAUGUAGCUAGUCUGCAUUUGCUCUGCCUUAAUUUAUUUUGCCAAUUUGUUUUUUAUGAAAGAAAGUGACUUUUUGGGAAGGGUUCAUGUUAGCCUGGCACGUUCCAUGGUAACAAAAUCUCUCUGCCAACUCCUCUGUAAAAUUCACAGAUUAAAAUGUUAUAGCAUGUGUAUUUAAUACAUACAAAAUUGGAAGUGUAAAUUAGCCUUUUCAGUGGAGGUUAUUUUCCAAAAUAUUUCUUUGCAAGAUCCUUGAAUCUCCAUUAGUUGCCUGUCAAUGGGCUCAGAGUAUAUAAAUGGCAUAUCCUCUGUUAAAGAGUAAGUUUUCAUUUUUACACUAAGGUUUAUUCUAGUAAACUUGAGGAAGUGGAUGGUGGGUUUUAUUACCUUUGGACUGAGCCAGACUAGCAGCUUCUUCCUGUUUCAAGUCGUAUAUCUUAAGCUAAGCUACCAAGACGCCUACCAAAUAUAUUUUACUGACACAUGUAAAAGUGGCGUCAAUCUCCUCGUCUAACUGUUCACCAUAAGGCAAAUAGAGGUAUUUCCCAAGAUGUCAAACUGUUCCUUGAAGAAGAGAAUGAUAUGCAAGGUACUGUAACCAAAUCAAGCUUGGACAUUGUGGACACAAGGCAAAUGUACAAGAGAGGUUUUAAUAAGAACAAGUUAGUAGUUUUUUGUUUUAGAGUUUCAGGCGGUCACUGGUGAGAAGAGUGUUUGCACUGCAAGGGUUUCAACAUCUACCAGCGUUAUUUUUUACUUUGGUGAAGACCACAGUUUGCCUUUUGUCCUGUGUAAAAAUGUUUUAUUGUGCUUUUUACUCAUUAUUUUUGGAACGGUGUCUCAAUCUUUUUUUUUUUUCCCUUGGCUGUUGAGAGGAAGGUUUGGAGAAUCGAUUUGUGAAGUGCCAUAGAUUGGACUUUUUGAGCAGGGGACGACCUUGACCCCAGAACCCGAGCAAUAUUCGCAUAUUCACAACCCUCCAAGUACAUUUGCAGCAUAAAGACUUCAAAGCAAUAUGUAAAGCUUUUAUUUUCUUUCAGACAAAUGUCAAAUCACAUUUUUAACGACCUUUUAGUAAUCCCUGAUGAUUUUACAUGAUUUUUAUAUUGUGAAAAGAAUCUGUUUUGCAAUGAAAUGGCACAGGAAAUGUAAACUAAAAGUAGUAUUAAAAAAAAUUCUUGACGUUGUAUAAAACUUUCUCUUUGCCCAAGGCUUUUUACUAUCUGUCGCUUAGAAUAUUUGUGCAAAGAUAUCAAGUCACACUGUUGGAAAAAGUUAAGUCAAAGCAGCAUCUCAGAACAUUCACGUCUGUGUCCGAAUGGAAACGGUGGUUACAUCUACUUAAUGUGAUUAAAUAUUCUGUGUACUCACAGUUGCAUGAAAUCAGCCUGUUAAUAUUCAUUCACCAGUGAAGUAUUCAGUGAGACGUGUUUCUGUGACAAAUGGAAAUGAUGAACUCCAUAUACUGAGUAAUGCCCCAUUAAUCUUAGCAGUAGAUUUGUGUCCUGAAUUAUUUGUAUGAUAUAUAUAUAUAAUAGCGUUCUAUCCUACAGUAUUUCAGCAAAGUGCAUCUCCACAGCUAGUUUACAGUAGGUUAUCAUCGACUGUGCUCUUCCUGUGUGUUUCACUCAUACAGCAUGAUUCUGAGCUAAUUAGUUUUUACCCUUUAAUAACAUUAACCAUAGGUGGCAGUUCUAAGUAAAGCUGGACCCUAAAAUUGAUCCGUUUUAUUCACAUGCAAAUGGAAAAUAAUGUCCCAGGUUUCUCACAAAACACAAACGUUAGACAGAAUCGUUGUUUAGAUUGUAUUAGUUUUAUUGCUGACUUUCACUGGGAAACGUUUUGGGGUUAUGGUCACUUUAUAUUCAUGACAAAAAAAAGUACAGUCUGACAUUGCAGACACAAUGAGAUGAAACAUGUUCUCACCCUUUCUUCAUCCAUGUCGGUCUGUUUUCUGUGCUCCUGUGUUCUUAUUUAUUUAGCAGUCGGCUAUGGAUUUUAGACCUACUAAUCAAAUUGUAAAUACUCCUUAAAACAUUUUUAAAAAGUUAAUAAUGGCAUUAGUGACUUGCAGUUGUAAAACCAGCAAUAAAUUGCAAUGCAGAGGCACCGGUUUUAAUGUAUAGCUAGUAUUUCCAAGGUUUCUCUUGAAAUGAGAUGAUGCAUUUAUUCAACAUUCCAGAUUUUUGUACAUAAUUACCUGUUUCUGAAGUAACCUGUGGAAAAUAAACUAAUGCU